CACGUGGCCCGCCGCGCCGCCCACGUGUUCCUGCCGUCGCCGUCGUACUCCCGUGUCCGGCGCUGCGUACCGAGGUUCACCACAGCGACGUCCUAGUGUCGACAUGCCGUCUGUCAUGAGAGUUCUCGGUUCUUUCUUUGCUCUGGCGUAAAGAAUCCAUGAUGACGAUGGAUGUAAAGGCGGAGACGCAGAAGAACAACUCCCCACAGGAGUGUGCUGGGUGUGGGAAGAAGAUAACCGAGAGGUACCUGCUGAAGGCGCUGGACCUGUUCUGGCACGAGGACUGCCUCAAGUGCGGCUGCUGCGACUGCCGCCUGGGGGAGGUGGGCUCCACGCUCUACACCAAGGCCGACCUCAUCCUGUGCCGCCGCGACUACCUCAGGCUUUUCGGGAACACGGGUCACUGUGCGGCGUGCUCCAAGGUGAUCCCCGCCUUCGAGAUGGUGAUGCGCGCGCGAAACAACGUCUACCACCUCGAGUGCUUCGCCUGCCAGCAGUGCAACCACAGGUUCUGCGUGGGCGACCGCUUCUACCUGUGCGAGAACAAGAUCCUGUGCGAGUACGACUACGAGGAGCGGCUCGUCUUCGCCAACAUGGCGUACAACCCGUCCAGCCUGGCGCACAUCAAGCGGCACCUGCCUCCACCGCCGCCUACGACGGGCGCCGGGGGCGGCCACCUGGGGCGGUCGGGGGUGCUGCCCGUGGUGGGAGGCGCGCUGCCGCCCCUCUGCGGCCUGCCGGGCGCC